AUGUUGGCCGCGUUUCCUUCAGUAGCGAUGGCAUUACGCAAGUGGAUGUACUUGUCUGAUCUCCCACUGGUCAUUCCUAGAGAGUACAAGGUCUACAUUGCCGUUUUCGUCUGCAUGGCUGUCAAAGCCGUCCAUCUGAAACUCGUCAUUGAGCUAUCUACUGACGCGUUCUUAGCGGCGUUCGACAGGUUUGUAGCUCGACGCGGUCUGCCUCGGGAAAUCUUUUCCGACUGUGGUACCAAUUUUGUUGGUGCGUCAAAACGGCUAUUCGUAUUAGUUAAUCACCCAGAGAAUCGGGACCGGUUGACGGCUCGCGAUAUCUGUGCAUGGAACUUCAACCCCCCCAUGGCACGACAUUUUGGGGGUCUCUGGGAAGCCGCAGUGCGGUCAACCAAAACGCUGUUGUCUAGAGUAAUGUGGUGUCACCAUCCAACUUUGGAAGAACUGUCCACCGUGCUCUGUCGAAUCGAAGCUUUCCUUAAUUCACGACCGCUUACACCAAUGUCUUCAUCUCCAUCGGAUUUGGAUUACUUGACACCAGGUCAUUUUCUGAUUGGCCGGCCGUUGCUGUCUGUGCCAGAUCUGCCGAUGCCAGAAACCGCGAGCAAAUCGGUGCCUCGUUGGAAGCUUCUCCACCAGUGCCAUCAAGCGUUCUGGCGCCGGUGGUCCGCUGAAUAUUUAUGCUCUUUGCAAGUACGAAACAAAUGGACAAAGAGCAGCCCCAACCUUAAAAUAGGCGAUAUGGUCGUAAUGAAGGACAAACAGCUGGCUCCCACACAACGGCGUUUAGGGCCCAUACUAGGUGUAAUGUACAAUUUACAAUUUUCUCCAAAUUGUCUUAUUGAUCACCCGACGUACUGUAAAAAAUUAAAGAAGGGUAAGUAA